AGCUAUUUAUUUCCCUACAAAUUUUUUAUAGGCCGUACAAUUUCUUUCAUUUUUCGUUUAUUAAAAUAUAUUAAUUUGGAGGCAAUAUGUAGUGGUUUAUGCAAUUCAAAAAGCGAUGUAGAAGAUCUCCUCGAAUUGUUAUUCUUUGAGAAUGUUUUCACGUUAAAUAAAGAAUUGGAAUGGCUUAUUAAUCAAAAGCUGAUAUCAAAGGGUAAUUUUACCUUAAAGCUGUUCAGUUCUAUCGUUGUCUUCAUCUUAUUUAUAAUUUUAGAAGAAUAUGAGGAAAGUCAAAAAUUACGAGGCACUCAAUUAGGUCGAGCAAUAUUGGCAUCUUCAUUAUCACCUGAUAUUGCUUUACUUAUUUAUGACGAACUGGAACGAGCAAUUCAAUCAUUAGCGCUUGAUAAUGAGCUUCAUCUUCUUUACUUGGUAACACCUCUUAAUAAUGUUCCUCUUUGGUCGAAUUACAUAAAUUGGCAUAAUUUUUAUAAUAUCUGGCUGAAGCUACCAAAACAGUUGCUGCGUGUUGGCCGAUUAAUUGGAAUUUCCGAGAAAUUUUUCUUUGAAAGAUUGCAAGGUCUCAAAGUUCGUAGCAAUCGCGAACUUCAGGUUCAUCUUCGUUUUUUAUCAUCGUUAGCGCUUUAUGAGUUAAUAAAUGAACGAACACUUUGCGAAGUUGCUGAACGAUUUUCUAUAAAUCGUGGUGCGUUACAAUCACUUCAACAACAAUCGUCUACCUACGCUUGUAUGAUUGUUGCAUUUUGUGAUCGCUUGGGUUGGAAUUAUUUGAAAAUAAUUUUAGAAGGUUUCGCUGAACGAUUAAUGUUUGGUAUUCGAAAGGAUUUAACUGAUUUAGUAAAAAUUUCUGGAAUUGAUGGGAAACGUGCUCGAGCGUUUCAUAAUUCCCAUAUAACGACGAUAGCAUCACUCGCUGUUACUCCGAAGAUCGAAAUCGCUAAAAUUCUUCGUUCAGCUGUGCCCUUCAUUAAGUACCAUCGUUCUUUUGCCUACUAUUAUUAG